CGGCAUCAGCGUCUUCCCCUCCCUCGUCUCGUCAAUCCCCUCGCGCCCUCUCCUCCGGUCCUCCGCACACGGCACACCGUCCGGUGACCCUGCGUGCGUGCCUCCCUCUCUCCUUCCGCCUCCGGUACCGGCCCCAGCGGCUGCGCUGCGCGCCGCGCGCGGGCUGCUGGCAGCGGGAGCGAGCAGCUGCUGCUCCACAAGGCGGUCGCGCCGCUUUGGGAGCGCCUGUGCUCCAAAGCGAAGCUUUACCCGUCUGCUUAGCGCUGAUGCGUGCGCUUAGUGCCACUUUUUUGGAACCCUGGGUUGAGCAUGGAGCAUUUACCUGAUUUUGUUACCAAUUUCUGCUAGUAAUAGUUAUUUUGGACACAGAAUGGAAGGGCGCCGCUCAAAUGAAGUAUCAUCUGCCGAAGCUGUCUUGGUGGGAGCAUUGUCGUCUGGUGUCAAUGCUCCCACGUGGUUUGUGCUCAAGAUUACGUUUUUGCUCCUUGCAUUGUGUUUUACGGCUAUGCUUGCUCUAGCAUUUUCGUCGAAGAACUUUGUAAUCGUUGCACAUGUUCUUCUGCUGGUGACUAUUGGAACCGUGCUAUUUGUGCUGCUUAACAGGUUUCUGGCUGAAGUUGGGCUCGUGCCUGUUGAACAGCAGAUGAAGGAGAUGGGCAUCCACAAAACAGAAGCCACAGAUGAAGACAAGAGAAAUUAAUCAGUGACACCUUUUUUUUUUGAUAUGGAAAGCAGUUUAACAUUCAAUGGACAGAGUGACAUUAUCUCUCAUGAUAGAAUCAGCACUCACUUCAGAGACAUGAAGUUCAGACACCACAAUUUUGCACAGAUGACCAUACAUCUUUGUACGUACUUCCAAAUGGAAACCCAGGUCGAAAUCUGUAGUGAAAAGGGAUGUAGCUGCAAGCAGAGCACAUCAAGCCUGCUUUCCCUCUUCCUUGGGCUUGCUCUUUUUUUUUUACUUGGUGUAGCAGAAGCAUGAGCACCAGGGAAACUGAAACAAGAACUCCAUUGCCAGAGAAAUCACCAAUACUUUUGUUUGGAGAAGUGUGCCCAAGGGAUUUGCAUGCAAUGUAACCCUUACAUAUACGACAUGGAUGCCGUUUAUCAGUGGACAUUAGGAUUUAUGGUCUUUGUGCAAUAUAUAUGGUCGUGUCAGACUAUCGUUCCUU